AUGCACGGCAUCCUGGAACUGUCACUGCAGCUGCUGAACUCAUUCAUUCCUGGAAAUCAUGCUGCCGAAGGACCACUCGGCGCCCAAAUCCCAAUACAGGGUGAACAAAAUUUGGUAAAGCCCACGGCCACGACCAAGUCCUCUAAUCUGCCAGACUACUUUGUUACCGACGAUGGACAUUUCCAAGGCCCAACACAGACGGGCAGUGCACCCUUUCUAGCGCAAACCAAUCUAGCGCCGUUCGCUGGAGUAUCAUACAUACCUAAUACGCCGCUGGAGACUCAAAUACCUAUUGCUGGUAAUCCAGACAACAAGAACAUCUUUCAAAGUCUCGCAAAUCUCAGUCCUUAUUUUCCCAAUCCCAGAGGCUUCGGCGUUGAUGAAUAUGCUAUCCCCCCUGGGUCCAAUGUAUCAUGGCUGAACAUGGUGCACCGCCAUGGCAGUCGCUACCCAGAAGUCAGCGGUGAUGCUGCCGAGCGAACUCUUGGUUUGAAGCUCAGCAAUGCGACUGGGAAGUUCACUGGUCAUGGGCCCCUCGAUUUCCUCAAUGACUGGAAAUUUUUAUUGGGUGCUGAGAUCUUGGUGCCAAAUGGCAAACAAGAGCUCUUCACUUCGGGAACACUGCAUUACUAUCAGUAUGGCCAUUUGUACCCAAACAAUGGCAGCAAGAUUGUUGUGAGAAGUACUACGCAGCGGCGCAUGACAGAGUCUGCAGAGUAUUUCCUUGCUGGCUUCUUUGGUCUAGGCUGGGCGCAGAACGCAACUCUUGAGCUAGGUAUUGAAUGGCCGGGCUUCAACAACACAUUGGCUGGAUACAAGCACUGCGAUCACAAUAGCUGGGGUAUGGCCAGGGAUGCCCUCAUGAAAUGGGUAGGUGUAUACUUGCGCGAUGCCCAUAAGCGCUUCACCGAUAAUAUCUCUGGUGAUCUAGAUUGGACUCUCAGUGACACUUAUAACGCUCAAGCCCUAUGCUCCUACGAGACCGUUGCUCUGGGCUUCUCACACUGGUGUGGACUCUUUACAUAUGAAGAGUGGGAAGGUUACGAGUAUGCUCUAGAUAUCGCAUUUCAGGCCGGGACAGGCUUCGCGUCUCCCGUUGGUCGCGCCAUUGGCAUUGGCUACGUGCAAGAGGUGCUUGCUCGUAUGCAACACCAUGUCAUCACUGAGCCAGCCGCGCAAAUCAAUGUCACGCUCGAUAACAACACGAUCACUUUCCCAGUAGAUCAAAACCUCAACCUCGAUUUCAGCCAUGAUGCGGGCAUCCUCGGCAUCUUGACUGCAUUUGGAUUGACUCAGUUCAACGAUGUACUCCCCUUGACACAUAUCAAGAGGGACCGUGAGUUCAUCCUCUCACACCUGCAGCCUUUCGCCGGCCGUCUCGACAUCGAGAUCAUCAAGACGCCCGCUCCCGUCAAUCCUGACCGAACGUCGAAGAAUAUUUACCUAGAUGGUAAGCCGACGAAUUACGUGCACUUCAUUCUCAAUCAGCGCACGAUUCCACUUGGCAGGAGCUUGGAACAAUGUGGAGAUAGGGACGAUGGAUGGUGUGAAAUGGACACUUUCAUCAAGGUGCAACAGGAACAGAUUGAGUUGGCUGACUAUGACUUUGCAUGCUUCGGGGACUAUGAGAACCCCAAGUAUGGGGAUAUUACUGAUGGGAGGCCGAUACGGUAG